AAGCUUCCGUUCCAGUGACAAAGAGCAAGAGUAAUCAGCUCCCAUUUAGCCAGGAACUCAAAUAAAGGUUAAUUAGGAGAAGACAGAUUGUUUACAAGCAUCUACAUGUCAAACUAAUCCAAGCAUAAUGGAUACACUAACAUAAACAAGAACCAGGAAAGAAGCCCUCUGGUUGGACCAACACCCACUGGGGAAGGUAUAUAAGAACCUCAGAGCAGGGACAUUCGCACCUCAGAAACCUCAUCUGUUUUGAAACCAAACCCAUAAAAAAAAAAACCCCACCUAUUCCCACCGCCAUGGCUUGCUGCGCCCCCUGCUGCUGCAGCGUCCCCACCGGCCCCGCCACCACCAUCUGCUCCUCUGACAAAUGCUGCCGCUGCGGAGUCUGCCUGCCCAGCACCUGCCCACACACCAUCUGGCAGCUGGAGCCCACCUGCUGCGACAACUGCCCCCCACCUUGCCACAUUCCUCAGCCCUGCGUGCCCACCUGCUUCCUGCUCAACUCCUGCCAGCCCACCCCAGGCCUGGAGACCAUCAACCUCACCACCUUCACGCAGCCCUGCUGUGAGCCCUGCCUCCCCAGCUGCUGCUGACCGGUGGCUGCUGCGCUCCACGCCUGACAUGGAAGGAGUCAACCCAGAAGCUUUAUCACUCACCUGUCUCAGUACCUGCAACUGACCGACUUUGCUUUUGAAGCUAGAACAACCAUGGCGCUAUCAUCAGCGACACCUACCCCCACCACCACCACCACCAAGAAACCAAGAGACUUUCAAGGCCAUGUAGCAGAUAUCAGUAACAAAGGGCAUUUUGAGCAGGGGGAUACCUAGGGGGUUCCCAAAUUUGCCCGGUCCUUCCUACUAACGUGUGUCUUUCUUCGGGUGUUUGGGAAUUCCGCUUUCGGUCUUGGGUGGCGUCUUCCUGGAAGUUGAGCAGCUUCUUCAUGAUAAGCCUAAUAAAUUUUACGUCUCUGGCAUAGCACAAGUGUUUAUAAUGACUUUGUUUUCUAUCAAUUUGUUACAUGUGUGUAUUCACUCCAAAGUCAGCAUUUUAAGGGAAACCGAGAACAUCUACAAAACUGAAAAUGGCAGCGGUACAAAUAUUCCGUGCUUGUAAGAAAACUAAAUGGUCUUGCGCAAAAGACGGUUUGUUCUAUUGGCACACAUGGAAGCAGGCUUUCUCUCUCUCACUUGUCCUUUCCAAAAGUGGUUCCAGAUAGGCUGGAAAAUACCGAGCAUAAGCUGGACAUCAAAUAUGAUAUAGUAACUAAUCCAGUGGACCCGGUCUACUUAUGCAAAAAUUAAUCAUGUAAGGAUGUUACUAUUGAAUUCUUAUAGUUUGACUAUCUACUGUAUGUUCUGUAUCUUACUGUCCCUGCUCGGAAGGAGCCGGCAGCCCGGCAGGCGAGGCAGACACGUACACAGCACCUGCUCACGUCUUCACGCCAUUCACGGGUAUUCGCUGAAUGCCAGGCAUCGUAUGACAAAGAAUACAAGCGUUCCACCAGUAGCAUUAGGGAAGUGCUGUUUCGCUGUCACACUGAGGACAAUGAGGGAAUGAAGACUGCUGGCACAGUGACGAGGAGGAGAAAGG